AUGUCUGAAUCGACUCUAUCGAACCCCCAUGAGGGCCACCUGCAGCCUCGACUGUCGAGGCUCACCAUGGUGGCCAUGGCCUUUGCCAUCCUCAACACCUGGAUUGCCCUCGCUGGAUCCAUCGGUCUCGUCCUCCCCUCGGGCGGUGCCGUAUCCCUCGUCUACGGCUUCAUCUUUUGCGUCCUCUGCAACUUUGCCCUCACCGCGAGCCUUGGAGAAAUGGCAGCCAUCUGGCCAACGGCUGGUGGACAAUAUCACUUUGUAUUUGCCUUGUGCACUGAGAAAUGGAGGCGGGUCAUGAGCUUCUGGGUAGGCUGGAUCAAUAUUGGCGGCUGGCUUGUCGUCGUUACCGUCCAGGGCUUCUUCGCUGCCCAGUUCAUCUGUGCCGCUGCCGUUGUGGCCUCCAACGACAAGUUUGUCGUGACGCAAUGGAGCACCUACCUAAUCUUCCUGGCCAUCCUCACCUUUGCAACCAUCGCCAACAUUUUUGGUAACAGAAUUCUCGGCCGAUGGAAUGAUGCAGCACUCUUCUGGUCCGUCUUGGGCGUCAUCAUCAUCGGCAUCGUCCUCCUCGCCAUGUCCAAGAAGAGCGAUGCGUCCUUUGUGUUUACAAACUUUGAUAACCAGACUGGAUGGUCUGAUGGCAUGGCAUGGAUCCUUGGCCUGCUUCAGUCGGCGCUGUCACUUAUUGGCUUUGAUGUCGUGCUGCACAUGGCUGAGGAGAUGCCAAACCCUGCUAGAGAUGCACCCCGAGCAAUGGUAUACGCCAUUGCAGUUGGUGGAGUUACUGGCGGCGCCUUUAUCCUCAUCAUGCUCUUCUGUCUCCCUGAUAUUGCCGCAAUCUCUGCAUCAGCUACUGGCAUGCCCAUCGUCGAGAUGAUUCUCUUGGCAACAAAGAACCGAGCAGCCACAACUAUCUUGACCCUCAUGCUAGCCGUUUGCUUUAUCAACGGCACAAACGCAAGCACGACGAGCGCAAGCCGACUCCUCUUUGCCAUGGCUCGUGACAAGGGCAUCAUCUUUCCUGAUUACUUUGCCCACAUCCAGCCUGGCCUGAAUGUUCCGAUUCGAGCAAUCAUGCUCUGCUACCUUUUUAACGUUGCGUUUGGUCUUUUGUACUUGGGCCCUAGUGUGGCCUUUGGAGCUUACAUCUCUUCGUGCACGAUCUUGCUCAACGUUUCUUAUGCGUUCCCUGUCAUCACCCUGCUUAUCCGGGGCCGAGGAAUCCUAAAGGCGCAUCAGAAUGCAGACACACCUUUCAAGCUAGGAAGAUGGGGAUACGCAGUUAACUGGCUUGCUUGUAUUUUCGUCGUCGUCACCUCCGUUUUCUUUUGCUUUCCGACAGCAAUUCCGGUUUCGGGAAACACAAUGAACUAUGUGUGUGUCGUUAUUGGCAUCUUGGUGGUCCUCAUUGCCCUCUACUGGCUGUUCUACGGGCAUCGCUUCGAGGGACCGAAAUUCGAUGUUAUUCUGGGGGAACAGACAGAGAGCAUCAUAACUAACUCUCGCCGGCGGACGGAGGACAAGGAGAAGGGCGUUAUCGACCAGAGUGGUUGA